AUGCAUGACAAAAGUCGAGCACUGCAGGACUUUAAGCGCAGCCUGUUGGUGCAGGAUCUCCUGCAGCAGGUCCACACCGCUGUGUUCCAGGACAUGAGAUCAGGACUACCCGGCCGCCAUGGGACCAGCAGGACAAGCCAACGCCCCAAAUCAGCAAGCGUGUCAAAGACUCAUCCACUAGCGUUUCAUAUGAAGGGCAUUGGAGCCCACUUCAGCCUACCGCAGGAGACUGAGAAAGCUGUCCGGUUCAGAGGCCAGUCACUGAAGGUGGCAGGCCAGAGGAGGACGUGGUUUGGUAAAUGGAUUCCGAAAGGAAAGAAGAGGCAUACCACACAUUCUGUAGAGAUACAGUGA